AUGCGCCGGAAUGACUUCCUCCCAACCCCACCUAAAUCCAACCCAGAACUACGCUGGAAACCAGCCAUCGCAACAAUCAGUCUAGGCGCCGCAAAUCUCCACUCAAUCACAGCCAAGAUCAAUGCCGCCGCUCAAAAUAGCCAAGAAGGAAUUGAGCUCUUCCAUGAUGAUCUCGCACAACUAGCUCAGACGCUACGCGGAAAAACCUUAAGUGACGAUGCUCAGACCCGCACCGAUCGCGAAUAUGAGAUCGACGCCGCGCACGCUAUCCACGAUCUGUGCGCCGAGAAAGGUCUCCGUAUUCUCGCCCUCCAGCCAUUUCGGCACUAUGAGGGUUUGAUCGAUCGUGAGGAACAUGCGAAGAGACUCGAUGAGCUUCAGCACUGGGUAUCCCUUUGCAAAAUCCUAGGCGACUCCUUGUUCAUUCUCAUCCCUUCUUCAUUCCUGGACGAAUCGCAGACGACGGGCGAUCGGGACGUGAUCGUGUCUGAUCUAGCCGAGGCUGCUGAUCUGGCGUAUCCCGUUCGUAUUGCCUACGAGGCACUUGCGUGGGGAACGCAUAUCAAUACGUGGGAAGACUGCUGGGAUAUGGUCGUCAAGGCUGAUAGACCUAAUUUGGGCAUUUGUUUGGAUACGUUUAAUAUUGCUGCGAGGAUUUGGGCUGAUCCGUUGAGUGCGACUGGUCGGUUACCCGCGCAUGCGGAUACAGAUCUCCAGGUCUCUAUGGAGAGGCUUGUUAAGGAGGUUGAUCCGAGUCGCGUUAUGAUGGUCCAGCUUGCUGAUGGGGAGAGGGUUGAUCCAUCAGAGCCGUUCCUGAGGGCUCCAGGUUUGCAUCCUUUGCUUGCUUGGUCGAGGAAUGCGCGCUUGUUUCCGUGUGAGGAGGAACGUGGUGGGUUCCUUCCUAUCCGGGAGGUUACAGAUGCAUGUUUGAAUGGUGUCGGUUAUUCUGGGUGGGUUAGUAUGGAGGUGUUCUCGAGGACGCUUGGGGAUGAGCGUCCGGAGGUUCCGAGGGAGCAUGCUGAGCGCGCUGGUCGGUCCUGGCAGCGGGUUUUGGGUAUGUUGGAGGCGAAGGCUGGGGAGAAGGGUGAGAAGGUUACUGUUUGA